AGUACAUCACCUUCCAGUUCUCUGAAAUUCACAGGCGCAAGCGCAACGUCUUCCUCCUCGCGACCUCGCCCGUCCAGCAACGAGCCCGGGACCGGGAGGGACUAGCAAGCCGCCCAUGGCGCUAGAGAAGGCCAAGGAGAUCGUCGCCUCCUCCCCCGUCGUCGUCUUCAGCAAAACUUAUUGUCCUUUCUGCACCCGAGUAAAGCAACUGCUAGCACAACUGGGGGCGAAUUACAAGGCUGUUGAAUUGGAUGUGGAAAGUGAUGGAUCUGAUUUGCAAUCAGCUCUCGCUGAAUGGACUGGGCAGAGGACUGUUCCAAAUGUCUUCGUUAAAGGAGAGCGUAUCGGUGGCUGUGAUGCGACCAUGGCAAUGCACAACGGUGGGAAGCUGGUGCCUCUGCUGACAGAGGCUGGAGCAGUUAGUGCCCCCGGCACUGCAACUCCGUCUCUGUAGACAGCAUUCUGCUCGUUUGGUGGUUACAUGCAAGUGUUGUGCUACUAAUGUGGUUGUUGUAAAAUAAAGAUAAAUGAGGUGUUUCAUCGACCUGAAUUACCUCUUGAUGUUGACUGUAACUGUAGCUUUGGGUGGCUAUCAAGCCUCUCCUUACAUCUUCAGACACCAAUAAAUCAUCUGUCCAGGUAGUUGAA